AUGACGGCCAUCUUUGGGCAGGAGCUGAGCCCCGGCAUGGCGGCGCUCGUGUACAUCUUCCUCGUGCUGGCGCUGCUCGUGCUCUGCGGCUCGAUCUGGUACUACUGGAGCUACGCCCGUAAGAUCGAGCGGUUCCUCGCCCGCGAUAACCAGAACAACAACAUGAUGCGCCACCACCUCGUGGACAGCUUCCUCCAGCGCGGCGAAGAAGAGUGGCCGUGCUCGAUCUGCUUCCACGACAACCACCCGGACAAGAAGAGCUGUGUGAUGUGCGGCACCCCACGCAUCGUCACCGCGUCGACGCCGUCGAACUACUUGGCGCGCGCCUCGGGGCUGCACAAACAAGACUUUAGUCAGAGCAUGUUGAACCAGCAGUCGAGAGUGCGGAGCUUCCACGUCCGACGGCUCAAGCAGAUGGACCUGACGUCGAGACAGAAGGCAGCCGUGCGUCGGCAUUUGUGGAAGCGGAAGCGGGGAAACGAUGGCGUUAUGCGCUGGAUGCGUAUUGACGCACAGCAUGCGCAGGACCACGACGAGGGCGAGACGCAAGGGAAGCUCAAGGAGAUCCAAGACGGGACCAUGUACACUGGACUGAGUACGCCCCAUAAUGGCACGGCGAUCUUAGGGGAGGAAGAGUUCACCCGCACGUCCGACACUAGUCGCAUCUCAUCGACAUCUUCACAGAGAGAAGACAAUGAGAACAUUGCACUGGCGCUGCGUGAUUUCGGUGUCCCUGAGGACGAGGGACGUCACCCAGACAGUUCGUUCCUGUCGGCAAACAACGAGUUGGGGCGGCCGUCGUUCCAGCCGCUGCGUGCGACAGCACUGAAACGCCUGGAAGAAGCAGAGGAGCGACCGACAAUGGCGUUCUACUCACAGCAGAAUCCGUUUAACCCGGCGAAUGCUAGCGUAAAACCAGUCAAUGGUAGAGGCAAUAACAAGAGCCAGCUCACCUCGAUUCACAACUCUCGCGGAUUGAAUCACAUUGACGAAAAUAGGGAGGGAGUGAUGGGUGGACGCACGAUUUCUCAAGUUGGUGGACCAAAUGGAAUGGAUGACCGUCGUUUUAUGGAUACGAAUGAUACGGCCAUGUCCAGUGUGUCCACAGGCUACGUGCGACACGAAGACGGCGAGGGUGGCUACGAAUGGACCCCUGCUGGAACUGUGAUUGCUUUUACGUGUACCAGUCGCCGGAUGGAAUGCGAAGACGACUUUGAGGAGAUCGCUUCGCUGACUUUCCAAGACAAGAACCGUUGGUUUCUUGAGCAGGUGCAGAAGCGCUGGCGAAGCUACGAAGAGGGCCACAUCCAGUUCGUCGUGCGACGGGAACACGUCGUGAGCGAUUCGCUGGAGCAAAUGCUGAAGUGCCCACCUAGUCGCUUCUGGGAGCGGCUGCGCAUCUACUUUGAGAACGAGCCUGGGUUAGAUGCUGGUGGUUUAAUUCGCGAAUGGUACGAGAUCUUGAGUGACUCGCUCUUCAACGACGACUUCGGUCUGUUUAUUUCUACAAAGGGCGAGAACAUGGGUUAUUGGAUCAAUCCCGCCUCGGCGUCUAAGGUGCCGAAUCACUUGGAGUAUUACGAGUUCAUUGGUCGGUUGCUCGCCAAGGCGUUGAUUGAAGGGUAUAACAUGAAAAUGUCGCUUGCGCUGCCUCUUAUUAAGCACAUUCUUGGCGUGCCAAUUUCGUUCUCGGAUCUCGAAUUUUUGGAUGAAGACUUGUACAAGAAUGCGUUAUGGAUGAAGCAAAAUGAUGGCGCCGAUCUGCUUGCAAUUGACUUCACGGUGCAGGUGAUAACUUCUGAGGGGAAAUCUCAGACAGUGGAGCUGGUGCCUGGUGGCGCCACUCGAGACGUGACAGACGAGAACAAAAAGGAAUACUUGGAGCUCCUACUGAAGCACUAUAUGUUUGAGAGCAUUUCAGAGCAGCUGGGAGCUUUGCUCAUGGGUUUUUACGACGUCAUGCCGCAGUUUUUGAUCACGGUGUUUGACUAUCAGGAAUUUGAUCUUUUACUGUCUGGUGUGCCGGAGUUGGACGUAAACGAUUGGCACGCGCACAGUGAGGUACGCUGGGUUAAGCUGGAGAAGCCAACUCCCGUCGAGCAUCGCGUGCUAAAGUGGUUUUGGGAGUGUAUGGCUGAAUUUACAAGCGAGGAGCGCGCACGAUUGCUGCAAUUCGCUACUGGUACUUCUCGAGUCCCCGUUCAGGGAUUUAAAGCACUUACGAGUAGCGAUGGUCGUGUCCGACGGUUUACUAUACAGUUUGUACAGCGUGGACCUCCGCCAACUGGUCUCAUGCCUAAGGGCCACACGUGCUUUAAUCGAAUAGACCUCCCACUUUACCACACGAAGGCAGAAAUGGUUAACUAUUUGACGCUCGUGAUGAACAUGGAGAUCUCGGGGUUUUGGAUGGAGUGA